AGGCGGUGGAUGAGAGGGCUGGCGCUGCUGCUGUGGUGGCAGCUGCUGAAGUGGCGGCGGCUGCGGCGCUGAGGCGGCUGCUGCAGCUCCAGCCUUUGAGCUUUGGCGGCGGCUUCCGCGGGCUGGGCUGCGUGGUGUGGACCCCGGUGCGCGGUCCGGGUUGCUCGGGCGGCGCGUAAGAUGCCUCUAAUGGAGGAAUUUCUUAGAAGCACCUCUGGGCCAGUGGCUUUGAAAGGGAGCUCAAAGCAGAGACUAUUUAAAGCCCUGGACAUUGCAUCCUGAGGGCUGCAGAAGAAAACAUGGCUGUGAGUUUAGAUGACGACGUUCCCCUCAUCCUGACCUUGGACGAGUGUGGCAGUGCCCCUCUAGCUCCCUCCAACGGCCUGGGCCAAGAGGAGCUGCCCAGUAGAAAUGGAAGCAGCUAUGCUGUUCACGACUCACGGACCCCCAGCCUAAGCUCAGGGGGUGAGGGUUCCCCCGAGAGCCCCAGCAGACACAGCUGGGAGAUGAAUUAUCAAGAGGCAGCGAUCUACCUCCAGGAAGGCGAAAAUAAUGACAAGUUCUUCACCCACCCCAAGAAUGCCAAAGCGCUGGCGGCCUACCUCUUCGCGCACAACCACUUCUUCUACCUGAUGGAGCUAUCCACGGCCCUGCUCCUGCUGCUCCUGUCCCUGUGCGAGGCCCCUGCUGUCCCCGCGCUCCGGCUCGGCAUUUAUGUCCAUGCAACCUUGGAGCUGUUCGCCCUGAUGGUGGUUGUGUUUGAACUCUGCAUGAAGCUGCGGUGGCUGGGCCUCCAUAUCUUCAUCCGGCACAAACGGACCAUGGUCAAGACCUCUGUGCUGGUGGUGCAGUUCAUCGAGGCCAUUGUGGUGUUGGUACGGCAGACAUCCCACGUGCGGGUGACCCGGGCGUUGCGCUGCAUUUUCCUAGUGGACUGUCGGUACUGCGGUGGCGUCCGGCGCAACCUGCGGCAGAUCUUCCAGUCUCUGCCGCCCUUCAUGGACAUCCUCCUGCUGUUGCUCUUCUUCAUGAUCAUUUUCGCCAUCCUUGGUUUCUACUUAUUCUCCCCUAAUCCUUCAGACCCCUACUUCAGAACCCUGGAGGACAGCAUCGUCAGUCUGUUUGUCCUUCUCACCACAGCCAAUUUCCCAGAUGUGAUGAUGCCCUCCUACUCCCGGAACCCCUGGUCCUGUGUCUUCUUCAUUGUGUACCUCUCCAUCGAGCUGUACUUCAUCAUGAACCUGCUUCUGGCCGUGGUUUUCGACACCUUCAAUGACAUUGAGAAACACAAGUUCAAGUCUUUGCUGCUGCAUAAGCGAACCGCCAUCCAGCAUGCCUACUGCCUGCUCAUCAGCCAGCGGAGGCCUGCCGGCAUCUCCUACAGGCAGUUCGAAGGCCUGAUGCGCUUCUACAAGCCCCGGAUGAGUGCUGGGGAGCGCUAUCUUACUUUCAAGGCCCUGAAUCAGAGCAACGCAUCUCUUCUUAGCCUGAAGGACUUCUAUGAUAUCUAUGAAGUUGCUGCCUUGAAGUGGAAGGCAAAGAAAAACAGAGAGCACUGGUUUGACGAGCUUCCCCGGACAGCGUUCCUCAUCUUCAAAGGAAUUAAUAUCCUUGUGAAGUCCAAGGCCUUCCAGUAUUUCAUGUACUUGGUGGUGGCGGUCAAUGGGGUCUGGAUCCUCGUGGAGACCUUCAUGCUGCAAGAUGGGAACUUCUUCUCCAAGCAUGUGCCCUGGAGUUACCUCGUCUUUCUGACUAUCUAUGGGGUGGAGCUGUUCCUGAAGGUUGCUGGCCUGGGCCCCGUUGAAUACCUGUCCUCUGGAUGGAAUCUGUUUGACUUCUCCGUCACUGUGUUCGCCUUCCUGGGACUACUGGCUCUGUCCCUCAACAUGGAGCCCUUUUAUUUCAUAGUAGUCCUGCGUCCCCUCCAACUGCUGAGGCUGUUCAAAUUGAAAAAGCGCUACCGCAACGUGUUGGACACCAUGUUUGAACUGCUGCCCCGGAUGGCCAGCCUGGGCCUCACCUUGCUCAUCUUUUACUACUCCUUCGCCAUCGUGGGCGUGGAAUUCUUCUGUGGCGUCCUCUACCCCAACUGCUGCAAUAUGAGCACAGUGGCAGAUGCCUACCGCUGGCUCAACCACACCGUGGGCAAUAGGACCGACGUGGAGGAAGGCUACUACUAUCUCAAUAAUUUUGACAACAUCCUGAACAGCUUUGUGACCUUGUUUGAGCUCACAGUUGUCAACAACUGGUACAUCAUCAUGGAAGGCGUCACCUCUCAGACCUCGCACUGGAGCCGCCUCUACUUCAUGACCUUUUACAUCGUGACCAUGGUGGUGAUGACUAUCAUUGUAGCCUUCAUCCUCGAGGCCUUCGUCUUCCGAAUGAACUAUAGCCGCAAGAACCAAGACUCAGAAGUUGAUGGCGGCAUCAUCCUUGAGAAGGAAUUCUCCAAAGACGAGCUGCUGGCUGUCCUGGAACUGUACCGGGAGGUGCGGGGAGCCAACUCAGACAUCACCCAGCUGCUCAGGAUCCUCUCCCAGAUGGAGCGAUGCGAGCAAAACACGCUGGUAUUUCUGGGACGGAGAUCGAGGACCAAAAGCGAUCUGAGCCUGAAGAUGUACCAAGAGGAGAUUCAGGAGUGGUACGAGGAGCACACCCGGAAGCAAGAGGUGCAGCAACAGCUCAGCGGUGGUGGCCUGGCCCCCGCCACCCAGCAGCUCCCUGGCAGCCGCCAGCGCUCCCAGACCGUCACCUAACCCCAGCUCGGGAAAGCCGUCUCUCCUAUGCAAUAACAAUAGUAUUAUUUUACUAUGAUGUAUCGAAAUAGUGUGUGUGUAUGUAUACACACAUAUUCAUAUAUAUGCACAUAUUUAUAUAUAGGAAGAGAAAAGGACAAGGUGGGGGUUUGGUUUGUAACCGCCUUGCCUUGUUUUCUUUAACCCCAGAAGUCAGUUUGGCUUGCGGGGGAGGUCAGGCCACUGUGAGUGCUUUCUCACAUGAAAAGCUCCAGAAGGCCGCCUUCACAAGAGAACGACCACUUGAAUAGAUUCUGCCGAUCUCUGCAGGGCUCGCCUUCCAAGUGGCCAGCCCUCCCGAGGCCAGAUCUGAAUCGUGUUCCUGACGCUGCUUUAGACUCACAUCCCAGCCGACGACGUCCCCACUAACUUCUCCCUGUGGCCCAUGUCAUGGGCUUUCUGUGUCUUGCUUUAGGGACAAAACCACUUAGGAAGGAAAGAACCCACAUCCUCUGGGUUAGUAUUUCUCUAUACAUGAUAGUGUAAUAGAAUGUUCCUUUGGGGACCAGGGCCUCAGACCUAAUGGGAAUUGUAAUCUAAGGUUGUGGUUAUACUCCUGCGGUCAGAUCUCAGCCAGAGUUGGGCAGCAAGGGAUGGCACUGGUGAAUUUCAUGUCCUGGCUCAGUAAGUUUCUCUCCCAGGCUUCUUCUGAUUUUAAACCUCUAUCAGAAAAUCCUUCAGAAAUGGAGGAGGGGGGAGGAAAGCAUGGCCCACCACCCAGACCAAUUUCUGAAAAUGGGCUUUCUUCACCAAAUCCCUUUUCCUUGUGAUUGUCCUGUUCAAGCGAAAAGACGUUUGGUUAAUUCAGGAUUCUGCUGGAGACAAUGGCAGGUCCUUCACGGGCAUGCGUUAGGUUUCGCUGCUGGGGACGGGAGCAAAGAGCACAGAGGAUCGCCCUGUGCCGUCACCUCCAUGGACUCAGCUCACCCCAGGGUCUUCACUAGCAGGAGUGGUUGGCACAGAUAUGGGAUCAGGUGAGCUCUCAGUUAACCUGGUAUCAUGGGGGACUUCUGAGAUCAGUGUGGUCUGGGCAGGAUGGGAGAUCGGAGGAGAGGUGGUGCUGGUGGCAGCAGAAGCAGGGUCGGGGCUGGGGGAGCUUUGGUUCAGCUCGAGCACCAGAGUACCAUGCAGGUGCAGGAGCGGGAGGGAGCCCCUGCCGAGCAUCCUGCUCCAGCCCCAGCUUUCUGUCUGCCUCCACCACUUCCCAUGACUUAGGAAGGCAGGCGGGCAGAAGUUCCCCCUUGGCAUAUCCAGCAGGGCAGAGCCUGAUCCCAGGGGCCCUGUGCCUGGUUCCCCCACUCCUUCCGAGGCCAUCUCCAAGGCCAAGCUGUCCCAGAGGGGCCGAUUCUGCAGCUGAAACCGCACAGCUCAGCCCCUCACCAGGGGAGAAAUAGGGGUUUCCAAUUUUAAAGCACAGCCCUUUGGGGAAACAACAAAUCACUGAGAUUCCCAUGGGGAAUCAGGAGACUGCCAGGGUCUUCUUGUCUCUGGAGGGCCAUGGGCCAACACUGGCAGCUUGCAUCCACCCAGGCAGAACCCUUUCCCCUCUCCAGAGAAGGAACUUUAUUUGCACAACUGGGUGCCUUUUAGCUUUUGUGUAUUGAAAUGGGUGUUUUGGAAGCAGGAGUCAAGGGGCAGCUUUCAAGGGAGGGCAUGAGUUCUCCCAAGUGGCUGUCCGGCCUAGUCCCUUGCCCCAUACCCAGGGGGCUGCAAAACAGGGAGGGGAUGCCAGGGGAGUUGAGGCCCCAUGCCUCCACUGUGAGGGCAGGUAUCAGGACCAGUGGGAUCUAGGCCAGUCCUUCCAGCUCUGUCCUGAGAAAGCCCUUAGUUUAGCUAGGAUGGAUACAUGGGAGGUGGCAGUCAUGCUGAUGGGCCAGCAUGGUAGGUGCCCUUGUCAUGAAGCAGAAGUCAGUUGGCCCUGCAGGGUCAUCUGCGGCCUCAUCAAGUUGACCCUCAAACUUGCACACAAGCCAUCAAGCAAGGAGCAGGUGUCACCCAGGGCUGUGAGCUCUGAGGAACCCAGACAUCUGCUUAAUGGCCUCUCACUUCCCAUGCCAUAGCUGAAUGGAACUAAGGUCAGACUCACUACUAGCCCCAGGUCCCACGACCUGUCAGUAACCUAAACAAUGCCCCUGUUCCACUUUGGAGGGAUGCCAUCUGUCCCCUCCUUGCUUCCCUCCAACCCAGCCUUACUCCACACUAUGCGACAAUCAUUUUGUAUGGAUAGCGAGAGCAACACUGUAAGGUUUUGUACAUUGAUUUGUUACCUAGAAAACCCACUGUGUCUUCGGAUUUCUGGCAUAUUAAUAAAAGAGCCUCUGCUUUGUAAA